AGCACGCACCCUCCAAUUAGCAUAUAUGAACCAUAGAUUCGGAAUUAGUUUACACACAGAGCAAGGAAAAGGUGAAUGAAAAUAGCAAAGCAUCGAAAAGAAAACAAAGUGCAGGGAAGGAAGCAAGUAGAUCACAGGGAAAGGAAAAGAAACCCGAACCAUCCUUCCUUCCUUCCCCUGCUCUCUAGUUCACUUCUCUACCAAUCCUCUGCUUUUCACUCUGUUCUUGGCUGGUCUCUCCCUUUUGCUUUUCCACUUUACCACCUCAAAACAAAUACGAAACUGCAUACAAUCUUCAAUACGCCAACUACCCUUUCAUCUCCCACUAUAACACUCUCACUAGCUCCCACUCCCCUGCUUUUCUUUUCUUUUCUUUUCUUUCGGCUUCCUCCUCACAACCUCUUCAUGGCGGCAUCGCCAUGGCCGCACUCUGCCUCGCUCCUCAACCACAUUCUUCUGUUCAUCGCCACAUUGCUAUUUCAGCAGCAGGGAAUGGUGGUUAUGGUGGAGGCGACAUCGUCAUGGUGCGUGGCUCGAAGCGACGCCAGCUACCAGGCGCUGCAGACGGCUCUGGACUACGCAUGCUGGGCAGGGGCCGACUGCACGCCCAUCCAGUCAGACGGUCUCUGUUUCCUCCCCAACACAAUCCAAGCUCACGCUUCCUACGCAUUCAAUAGCUACUACCAGCGCAAGGGGAUGGCCCCUGGCUCCUGCGACUUCUCCGGCACUGCCAAUAUCGCCCGCACCGAUCCCAGCUAUGGAUCUUGCGUCUAUCCCUCUUCUCUCAGCGCGGCAGGAGGGGCAGCUACACCCACAAUGCCGACAACUAACCCCAAUUCAUUCACACCGCCGGUGACCACCACUACUACUCCGACCACCAUCACCGACCUCUCUCCACCGCUGCCUACCGACAACUCCAAAGCUUCCAUCAGGUCCAUGGACAUUGCAAUGCUACUGCCUGCUGCCUUUGUGCUCCUACUCUUGUUUAGUUUCUGA